AUGGUUGACGGAAUCAAUCCGCCGCUCUUUCCAUUAAUCAUCUAUUUCUGUAGUCUUCCUGUUUUUGUGAAACGACGAGUAAAAGCAUUAAAAAAGUUGCUUCAUGACUACGUCAAAAUCGAAAUGGAGUUUUAUAAGGAAAUAUUCGAAGUUGAACAGAGGUAUCAGUCGCGUUACAUUGACUUGUGGAAUAAGCGACAGGCUAUCGUGUCUGGUGAGUCCGAACCCACCGACGAAGAAUGCGAGUGGCCUUUUGAUGGUGAAGUUCAGCUAGUGGACGCAUUCUCUAGGCAGCAUCUUGAAGGCCAAGACAAUUCUACCGCAGAUGAAGUUGUGGACGAAAAGGGAAUUCCCAAGUUCUGGCUUAAGGUUUUACUGCAUAGCAGCCUUACAGCUGAAAUGGUCGGCGAUAAUGAUCAGGCUAUCUUGGAGCAUCUCUGUGACAUCAAAGUUAAUCUAACCACCGAGGGCCAAGAAACUGGCUUUACUUUGGAGUUCCACUUCUCUCCGAAUGAAUAUUUUACCAACACAGUGCUUACGAAACAGUACGUAUUCAACAAUCAACCACCUGCAGAAAAUCCACUCGAAUACGAUGGUCCCGAAAUUGUGCGUUGUCGGGGUUGUGCCAUCAAUUGGAAGCCGGGGAAAAAUAUUACAAUUAAAAUCAUGAAGAAGAUUAAGAAGCACAAAAAUCGGAAGGAGGUGCGCACUGUUACAAAAACCGUGAAACAAGACUCCUUCUUUAACUUUUUUGAUCCCCCACUUGAUUCCCUGACCGAUGAUGAUUUGGAUGAGGAUACCGUCGAACUCUUGCAAGAGGACUUCCGAAUUGGGCAUUUCAUUCGUGAAACAUUGAUCCCACGAGCCGUUCUUUAUUUCACAGGAGAGGCUGUUGACAGUGAUGAUGAAUCUGAUGAAGAGAGUGACGACGAUGAUGGAGAUGAUGAUGACGACGACGUUGACGACAGCGAUGUAAGUCAAGUGACCAGGUUUUUGUUUAUUCAAAUGUUGACAUAA